CUUCCUACCGCCCACGCACACACACGUCUCCUGCCCUUGAAUGAGGAGUGAUCUGUUCGUGUUUUGAAUUUGCAGUGUCUGUCUGUGUGUUUCUCCAUGCUCGUGCUUCAGCUCAGAUGGGACACGGAAGUGCAGCGGCUGUCUGGCACAUGAACGCGCGCGGCUGGUCUCUCUGGCGGGACAUCCCAGGCACGGGAUGCUGAACGGGAGCCGUGAGGGUUUGUUUGAACUGGGCAGGCAGCUCCAGCAGGAAGGAGACUCUCAAGCUGCUCUGCACUGCUUUCUGAGCUGCCUGCUGGGACUCACACAUGUGCAGAGCUUCCACUCGCUGCCCAACUGCCUGCAUCAGAUUGCUGAACUCUACAUUGAUGAGAAGAAUUAUGGGAAAGCUCUGCAGUUCAUUCAGGCGGAGAAGAUGUUUUACGAAGUGGCAUUGAUCGAGCUCACCUCGCUGCAGGCCAGCACAGGGUCUCAGGAAGACGGGACAUUGGGAAACUCAGGAUGUCUGUCUCAAGAGGAGUUAUCAGAACAGGCUUCUCAGGCCCAGGAUCUUGAGAGACUGGCUCAGCUCAGCAUCAUGAGCAAGAGACCCCAUCUUGCUUUAGAAUACAGUGGCAAGGCCACUAAAAUCCACCAGCGCGCUUUUGGUAAUGACCACCCCAUCACAGCCCGGAGUCUGGAGCUGCUAGCCACUGUCUAUGCUGAGAUUGGCAAAACAGAAUAUACAAAUUCGCUGGGAGAGUGUGUGUCAACUCUUUCCAAGAGGUUCUCAGCCAGCGAGUCAUUUAGCGACGCUCUGAGUGGCAUUUCUCAUAGCCAUAAGGACAGACACUCUCAGCUACGACACCGAAAACAGCCAUAUAUACAACAGGAAACUCUUAAAACUAAGGUCAUAAAUGAAAAACUGCCCACCUCUAUCCUAAAAAGGUCCAACGUGAGCAAUGUGGAGUCAGACUCCUCGCGCAGGAGAAAAAACGAGAGGCGAGUUCGCUUCAGAGAGCCAGAGAUCACUGUUCAUGACAUUCCGUACUAUGACUGUUUAGGAGUGUACGACACCCCCCAGAGCCAUUUGCACCUGGCCUUGCUCACCUGCCUGUUCCUGCUGCUGUCUGCGCUGGGUCUAGCCCUGUACUGCACGGACCGCCGAAGACCCCAGCGUGCCUGCGAGGAGCUGCAGACGGCACUGGCUGUGUACCUGCUUCAAUUCAAACAGAUUGUUUGGGCCUGCUGGAUCUGGCUGACCAUGCAAUGACCAUAACCGACCACAGAGGGCAGCAACGAGCAGGAGAAAAAAACACGAAAGGUCAGAAAGGACUGUGGAGUAAAUAAAAGGGUCCUUGUUUUUUUUUAUUGCUUUAUUUUCACUGUUAUAUAUUCAGACUGGUCACCAGUUAAAGCUUUUGAGGAUGUUCAACAUCCGCCUCUUUUAUUUUGAAGUUGACUGAAGGCCACGCCAUUAAGUGAUGGUGUGCUUUUUUGCCCUUUAUGGUGGCAUAUCCAUUGCCACAACCUCAUUAUACUGAGUCGUAUAUAAUCAGAAAUCUGUAUAUGUAGCUAUUUGUCCUUGUAUAGCUUUUCUGGUGUUUUAAAGCAUCUGUUACUCCUUUUCCAAGUAAUACUUGUGCAGCAAUAGUAAUUUAACCCUUUAUCAAUCAGGACUGUCAAAACAGAACACGAAUGAAUGAUUUCCGUCUAUAACACUUAGAGCCCGACUGAUAUAUUGGUACUGUAGGUCAAUAUUAUCAUGCACGAUAUACCGAGAACCUGUAUUGGACUUUAAUAAGCAAUAUUGAAAAGAACGACAUGUAACGUUGAGUAGGCCUACAUGCAUUUACUGUCACAAAUAGUAUAUUUCAUAAAUAUAUAUUUUAACCCUUAAAUGCUUGAAUGUUUAAUCAAUCUUUAUUACCGGGUCUUUAGCAACCCGAAACUAUAUCUGACACGGAUAGAUCUCCAACUGCUGAAAUCGCAUAAAACUCUCCUGAUAUUUUAAUAACAAUUACAAAAUAAUUGUUUUCUCAUUUCCCGAAUACAUUCAGCAUCUGUGCCUUUUUCAUGAACAUAUUCUUAUAACUAUCAUUUUCAACAUUUUCAAAAUCAAUAUUUUGAUUGCUGACAGCUUCUUCCACCAUCAAGUAAGACUAAAACUUGAUUGGAUUCGGUACUUGCUCUACAAGUACCGAAUUUUAAUUAUCCGUGGUAAUUACGAGUGAAACAUCACACCAUCAUUGUCCCCUUGAGGAAUAAAGAUGAAUUGCACUGAUUGAGUCAUAAGAGAUUUAAUUAUUGCCGCGCAGAAGAAAAUUCUUACACUAUUACAUACCUCGGGUCACUAGCGACCCUAUAAACUUUUUACAAAAAAAAUGAAUUAGAAAACAGACAUUUUUUAUAACGUUUUUUUCUUGUUAUAUUGAUUGAGGAACUCUAAGAAGGUUGAUGUCUAACUUUAAAAAAUGAAGGAGGGGUAGGGUAGGGAAUGCUGUCCCGGGGCGAUAAAGACCCGAGGUGCAUUUAAGGGUUAAUGCCGAUGACACUUUUAGACACACACACAUCGCAUGUGCUAACAGAAUUAAAUGCAUUUUAAAUGCAUGGCUGGAUCAAUUCCUGCUAGUGUCGCACUUUGCAUUCUUUGCAUAAAAUAUUUACCUCACUAUUUUGUCAUAAGAUACAAAUAUCAAUAUGAGGGCUUUCUGAUUCAAAGGGUGAAUUUUGAAACCCGUUGCACUUAAUUUCUUGUAUUAAACUAAUAAAGACAGGAUUAUAUUCUAGAUCUAUUUAUAUGGAUUUUAAAUUAAAUUAAAACACAUUAACAUAUGAAUGCAGUUAAUACAUAUUGACUUGAAUAUAUAAUUUUGUUAUUGGUUAAGUUUGUACAAUAUCAUGUUGUACAACUCCCUUAAUAUUUACUGAAUGAAUACUU